UAUGCUGCUGUUCAGGCUCAAUACAGAAAAGGCGAUAUGAUGUUGGGCGGACUUUUUAGCGUGCACCAGGUGCCAGACCGGCCAGGGUCGCGAUAUGAAGACAUAUAUUUGAGAGGACUUGGUCGCAUGCAGGCCAUGAUCUUCGCAAUCGAACGAAUAAACAAUGACACAAGUCUUCUUUCGAACAUUUCCCUAGGAUAUGACAUAAGGGAUUACGGUGGAAACCUCUCAAAAGCUGCGGGACUCAUUUAUCAACUACUGACCGUUGAUUCUUGCGUCAAUUUAAGCCAAAAUGCUCCAAGAAAGAAAGCCAUCAUUUCUUUAAUAGGCCCAAACGAAUCUAGAACAGCGCUAUUCAUUGGUGGAUUUCUUCGGAUGCUCAAUGUCUCGAGCAUAACUGGAACAGCAACCAGUACGGAGCUUAGCUCUUUUACCUAUAAACAUUUAUAUCGAACAGUGCCUUCGGACAAGUUUCUUGCAAAAGCGAUGGUUGACCUAAUUACGCACUUCAAUUGGGGCUAUGUUGCUGUGGUUGGACAAGAUGAUUCGUAUGGAAGAAGUGGAGCAUGGGCAGUGGUUAGCGAAAGUUCGUCAAGGAAGAGCUCGUUCUGUAUUGCUUUUACGGAGUUUAUACGCCUCGAAAGUCUGCAUCUGAGUGUUCAGAACAUAGUUCAAAAGCUUAAACAGAUGGACAAUGUCAAAGUUGUGAUCUUAUGGUUAUACGAGAAUUACCAAACGAAGUUUUUGGCAGAGGUUCAGAGGCAAAACUUAACUGGACGUGUGUGGAUUUUGAGUGAGAUUCAUUUAACUUCUAAACUGCCAGUAAAAGGUAUUCUCGAGAGCUCUUUAGGAUUUCAAUUCCAUAAAUUCAGCGACUCUGGCUUCAAGGAAUAUUUAAAAGAAAUAUUGGUCAAGGAGAAAGACGAUAGAAGUUUUUCUGAAUGGAACCACAUUACAAGCGAAAAAUGGAAGUUCUUGAAGAACAUGAAGUGUGUUCAUCGCCAAAUUGAGCAGUGCUCUAACGAGUUGAUUAAAGAAGUCUACAGCCCCUAUGUUCCGUACAUCAUUGACACCGUAUAUGCAGUGGCACACGCACUAGAUAUUUUCAAUCGAAAUUUUAGCUAUGACGAGACCAAAGAUCGGGCGAAAUUGCAGAUAGCCAAUAGUUUUGACGUGCAGAAGCUUCUUGGCCGCGUCAGUUUUGACGGACUAACUGGAAAAAUCAAGUUCGAUCAAUUUGGCGACAGGAGCUCGGCGUAUUACGACAUUUUCAGCUUUAAAAAUGUACCCAAUGGAGAUGUCGAGAGCGUAGAGAUGGUGCUGAUAGGAGAAUGGAAAAAUUCACAGAAAAACGAAACUCGCUUGAUUUUUCAUGAAGCUCUGAAUUGGACGACUAAAUCUGGUCGCCCUCCGAAAUCGGAAUGUUCGGAACGGUGUCCUCCUGGAACAAGAAAAUCUUCUACCUCACCUUGUUGUUGGCAGUGCCUUCCGUGCCUUGGUGAAACCAUCAGCUCAUCUGCUGGUUCUGAAAGCUGCAGAGAAUGUCCCAACGGAACAAUAUCUAACCCAGCGAAUACAGAGUGUGUCGCCUUACCCUCUGCCAACAUAAGCUAUACGAAUAUAACCGGAAUUGUGAUUCUAACGUUUGGCAGCCUCGGAGUAGUUGUCACAUUGUUUUGUCUGGCUGCCCUCUGCAAAUUCUGGAAUAGUCCCAUCGUCAAGGCAUCUAAUAGGGAGCUUAGCCUUUCCCUUUUACUUACAAUUUUUGCAUUAUUCUCUCUGGUAUAUAUUGAUGUCUUUAAAACCACAAAUACAAUUUGCAUGAUCAUAUACCCGUUACGUUAUCUGACCUAUAACAUCUGUCUCUCCACAUUAUUGGUAAAGGUGUUGCUUAUUUCCUGUGCUUUUCGGGUUCCCAUUAUGACCAGUUUGGAACUCACUUCUCUUCCAAACAAAGCACAGGUUGGGAUUGUUAUAGCAUUUCUAGCUCCACUGUUGUCGGUGCUGAUGCCAUGGUUGCUUUUGGAUCCACCCUUCAACUUUCAACAUAUCUAUCCGAAACGUUACACCUUUAACGAAUGCAAGGCAUACUCCAGCUCACUUGGAAAAUCUCUAUUCCUGGCAACAUGCUUUUAUAUCUUCUUCCAAAUGCUGGUGUCCUCGGUCUGUGCCUUUAAGGUUAGGAAGAUUCCUGAAAAUUUCAGCGAGGCCAAACGAAUCGCCUUUUCCAUGUACAUAUUUUUGUUCUCGUUGCUUUGUUAUCACCCGGUAGAAUUGUCCUUGAAUGGAUGGUAUGUAACGGUUGUGGACUGUGUAACAACUCUUUUGAGCGCCUACGGUUUCCUUUGUUGUCUAUUUUUGCCCAAAAUGUAUAUUCUGUUUUUCAGGCAGGAGAUGAACGAUGCGAUGGCAUAAGACAAGAAGUCACUCAGUUCUCGUUUAGUUCAGGUUGUGUACGCGUAAACCCUGCUUUUGAUAGUUCAAAUUAGCGAGCUGAAUUGCGCAAUAAGCUUUCUUAAAAUCGGUAAUUUUAUUCAAGUGUGCCAUAGACCUCUAAGUAAAUGAAAUUUGAAUCCAAUAUUGAAGAAAAUUGUAACUUUUAAUUAGCACUGCAUUACAAAUCCAUCCAUUUACUUUCCUAUUUCGGGACUGGAAGCAAAGAAAAUUUGUGACCUAAGGCAAAAGCCUUGUCUUGUUUCUUAGCAGCAAAACUUAUUUCCGCAACGUAUGCUUCUUGCAUGGCUAAUUAGGAAACACUUUGUCUCCGCAAUGAUGUUUCCAAGUUUAGCCAAGCCUCUGGGCAGAUGCUUAGAUAAUUAAACUGCAUGAGAUGAGAGCGAUCUUCGCUGCAAUGAACACUGGCUACUUAAGCAGAAACGAAAAUAAGGUCUGAAAAAUAAAAGGAAAAAAAAGGAAGACUUUUUGUGCAUGAUUUGCGAGGGAGAUGAAGGAUGAGAAUAGCAUCAGACAAGAAAUCACCCAGCUCUCGUUUAGUUCAUUCAAGUUGUGUACACGUAAACCCUGCUUUUGGUAGUUCUAAUCCAGAAGCUGAAUCUUACAAUGAGCUUCCUUAAAAUAAUUUUGUUAUUUUGAGUGUGUGAAAGACUUUUACAUGCACGUAAAUAAAAAAUGGAAUCUAUGGUGGAGGAAAAUUCAUUUUAUUAACUGACACUAUCUUGCAAAUACAUUUAUUGCUUGACUUUUGAUAAAAAUCACCAGGAAAUACUAGUAUGGAUCGUUCCUUGUUAUGUUGGCAGGAUGGCUUAUUUGGUCGGAGGUUUUGCUUCCCCGAUGGCUAAGAAAGGAAGCAUUGCGGUUGAGGAAGACAAAUUGUCAGUGUGCGCUGAAUAAUAGAGUGACUAAUUUGCAUUUUUCAAGCCGUUUGUCAUUUUUUUGUGUGAAUAUUUAAUUAUUUUAGCGCAACAUGCCAAAUAUAGAUCAGGCGACUAGUUAUUUAAAAAUCGAGAAGUUCUUUACGUAACUACAUUUCAAAAGUGUCACCACCGAUCGUACAUCGAAGCUUACAAGCCGCAUAUGGAACACAAAUUUUAAGUAUAAUACUGGCCCGUCGCUUCAACUGAAAUUGACAUGUGUAAUAACCUUCUUUGUAAUAUUAGUUUAUUUGUUCAGUUGACUACUUCUUCUAUUACGAGUGCAAAAUAAAUUCCAUGUACGCAAAAAUCAGUUCAACUGAAAAUAAAAAUUUAUUUCAAAUUACAGUAGCCCCUUCAAUGACAGGAGCGAAUCAGUGACCCUUUGCAUUUUUGGCCGUUUUCGGCUAACGGGUUAAUUGGUAAGAAGGUACGUUUGAAUUAAUAUGCAAGUUAUUGUCAAGUUCAGAAAGAUAAGUUCUGCUUAGUUGGAGUAUUUGCAUUUGAAAAUUUUUAAAGCGUGAUUAUCUGUAAAAAAUUGCGUUGUAAAAGGCUAGUUUCGAAUUUUUUGUGCGAGAUAGUCUGGUAACUAAUUAUCAGCACCAAGCCGAGGCCGAGGGAAUAUGCGCUUAUUUUGAAAGCAAGAUCGGGUGACUGUAAGUCGAAUGUGAGUUUUUGUGCCAUCCCUGUGCGCAAAAAUAACUCUAAACAAGGCCGGACCUCAACUUUUUCUAGUUUCCAGGCGAAGAGGGACUAAGAAAGGAGUGCCUUCGGUCGUCGCGCUGAUAAGGAGUUCACGUCCGUAAAGAACUUGCAUGUAUGCUCCAAACACUACGAGACUAAACAAAUCCUGAAGACACUUUCUGAAAUUAAAAGGCCAGCACGUGGCACGGUUCCAACAAUAUUUAAUCAGUAUGCAGUCCGAAGAAGUCCAAAUCAACGCGAAAAAGGUCGAAUGAGGGGAGAAAACAAGACGCUAGCGAUGACAACAUAAACGAACUUGCCGCCAAAAUUUUCCGCGUUUCUACUGAUAUUUCUCUUAAAGACCACGACUACGUCCUUAAGGAAAACAAAUUUCAAAGUGCCUGGGUCUUCUUCGCUGACUUUUCGAAAGACUUUGAUCUAAUUGACCAUAACAUCUUAAUGACUGGGUUGCGAAAACUAGAGGUUGAUCCCGCGCUCAUCAGUUGGAUUGCUGCGUAACAGACAGACAGCAGGCUGUAAGAAUAGGGUCAGCAUUAUCAGAUUGAAAAUUCCUCAAGGGAAGUGUGCCUCAGGAAACUAAACUAGGAGUGAUACUUUUCACACUAAUGACAAACAAUCCUUUAGCUGAUUGGCACCUGAGAGUCAAGUUUGUGGAUGACACGUCUGCCAUAGAAAUGCUACCAGGAACUCUAUCAGUCUGCUCAAUUCGACCGUAUCUAACAUUCACAAUUUUUCUAUGGAUCAAAACAUAAGACUAAACCCUAUUAAAUGUAAAGAGAUGUUAAUUAACUCUAUGUUAUAUCCUAACUUUACUCUCAUACCAUUACUUGUAGGCAACAACGAUACAGAACGUGUAUCGACUUACAAAAUUGCUGCUUUUCUCUGGAGGAUGAUUUACACAUGGUGCAUACUUUCAGCAGCAGUUGACAUAAGGAUAUGAGUGAGUUCUUUAUUAAAUGUACGUGAAAUCGUCAUUGACAUGAAAUGUGCCAAGCCAAGCCCUAGGCGCGUCUUCAAUGUCCCACAAAUUACCUUACAAUGUAGGCCACUAACCAACUUGAAGGAGUUACUUUUUUUUCCCUCUUAAUAUUUGAUUUUACCCUGGGUAGGAGGCCGUUUUGUGACCGGAUUGUGUUGCAAAAAGGAAUGGCGUCGAAUGCUUGAAAUGCUUGAAGAUUACGAUCAGAUUGUAUAAGUUAGCAGAUGCCGAGUCGUCACGAGUGAUGUUAGUAAAAGGGAAAUGGAAAUGUUAAGGGGGAGAAGUAUAAUGGAUACUGACACUGACUCUCUGUUUCUUUGAUGGAUAACAUAUAUUUUUUCUCGAUCUUUUAUUCACAUUUAGGAAUAUAAGCGGCUGGCAAUUUGCUCCUGUUGCUGCACAUCUUUAUCAAUGAAUACCACUAAUUCCUAUUUAUUGAUAUGUAUUAUGUCAUGUAAAUUAUUUCUAUGAUCAUUUUGUGUUACUAGCCUAAAUAGCGUAGGAUACAACGAAGAUGGAAAUAAAAUGGAAUAUUCUCAUCGGAGCACGUCGUGUUUUUAAAAUUCCUGUUUCCAGGUGUGCUUCACAUUUGUGGUUUAGUUCGAUAUUGCUUUUAAGCAUAAGAGCGGUUGAUUUCUGAAACUCUAUAUUCUGUUGGCUGGUUUUAUGUGUCUUGUUUUUUGAAUGUUGGUUCGCUUUUUAGUCCAUUUUUGUCUCCUUUCGUCAACGCAAUCCCAAAAAAAGCCGCCACCUACCCAGGGUAAAAUCAAAUAUUAAGAGGGCAAAAAAUAAACAAGUAACUCCUUCAAGUUGAUUAGUGGCCUACAUUGUAAAGUAAUAUGUGGAACAUAGAAGACGCGUCUACGGCAUGGCUUGGCACAUUUCAUGUCAUUGAGGAUUUAACAUACAUCUAAUAAAGAACUCAAUUCAUAUCCUUGUGCAAACUGCUGCUGAAAGUAUGCACUAUGUGAAAAUCAUCCUCUAGAGAAGGGCAACUACGAGAGUUCCAAGCAGAAUGGAUUUAUAGAGGCCGAAGUGGCCCAUGAUCAGUAACUUUUUAUGCUAAUUUCAAAUCAGAAACCAAAUUUUACUCGACGAAAAACAGCCAAUUAUUAUGACUUGUGAGCUUCUAGUUCGCUGGUUUAAUUUAUAAACUAUAAAUUAAUAGUGACCAUAUGUUAGUACUGAAUAAAUUUAAAACGAUCUCGAACUCGCAUCGAGGUCUCAAAACUCUACAUAGUGUUACGGAAUGGUUAUUUGUUAUGUUUCUGGGAUAGUUUGAUCAGUGGAAAGUCUAGCUAGCUUCUUCGAUGGCAAAUAAGAAAAUAUGGUUUCGAAAAACAUAUGGUGACAUCUGAUGUUCCAAUUAACUUCCUGUCUUAUCCUUUAGUGAAAUAUUUAUUAUUUUAAUGGAAGUUACUUUUAGAUUGUUGGUAAGAAGGUAAGUUUGAAUUAAUAUGCAAAUUAUUGUAAAUUUUUACUCUACAAAAAACAGCCAACUAUUAGGACUUGUGAGCUUUUAGCUCUCUGCAUGGUGUAAUUAAUAAACUAUAAAUUAAUGGUGACCAUAUUUUAGGAGUGUAUGAAUUUAAAACGAUCUCGAACAUCGAAAUGCUAGCUAAAUCGAGGUCUCAACACACCGCAUAGUGUCACGGAAUGGUUAUUUGUUAUGUUUCUGGGAUGGUUUGAUCAGCGGAAGAUCUAGCUAGCUUCUCCGAUGGCAAAAAAAAAAAAUGAUUUCGAAAAACAUAUGGUCACAUCUGGGCAGAAUGAUGUUCUAAUUAACUUCCUGUCUUCUCAUGUAGUGAAAUAUUUAUUUAUUUUAUUGGAAGUUACUUUUACACUGUUGGUAAGAAGGUAAGUUUGAAUCAAUAUGCAAAUUAUCGUCGAAUUCAGAAAAGUAAGUACUUAUUUGGAGUGGUAUUUGCAUUUGAAAAUUUUGAAUGCGUGUUAAUCUGUAAAAGCUGCGUUGUAAUUAACAUAUAUACAAAUACAUGAUUGUUUUUUCUCUUUAUUCGCCACGCAACAGCUCCAUUUAACAACUGCGUCAAAGCAUACAAAGGUAUGGUUCUGUUUUUCUUUCACUCUUUUCAAUAAAUACGGUAACUUAAUUAAAAAAAUCGAGAGAGAGAGAGAAAAAAAUAAACCCUUGAGAAAAUGAAAACUUAAGAGCGACGGUUUUAAUUUGUUUCGUCAUAAAGCUGGCAUUAUAAUGUUUAAGAUCGUUUUCAAUUCAUACUCUCCUAACAUAUGUUCACCAUGAAUUUAUAGCUUAUCAGUUACACCAUGCCCCGAGCUAAAAGCUAAGAAGUCAUAAUGAUUGGUUGUUUUUUGAAGAGUCAAAUUUGGUUUCUGAAUUUAAAUUAACAUAAAAAGUUACUAAUUAUUACCACAUGUGCAAAAUUUACCUACGUACAAAUGACUAAUGUCUAUGCGUUGGGUUCACCAACAGUUAAACGGAGAAAAGACGAGUAUUGCUAUGAGUUCGUUGCACUACCAGUCGUUUCUUUUCUUGUGGUUCUUUGCUGCUGUUCAGGCUCCAUACAGAGAAGGCGAUAUCAUGUUGGGCGGACUUUUCAGCGUGCACCAGCCGCCAGACAAGCCAGGGAGCCAAUGUGGAGAGACAAACUUGAGAGAACUUGGUCGCAUGCAGGCCAUGAUCUUCGCAAUCGAACGAAUAAACAAUGACACAAGUCUUCUUUCUAACAUUUCCCUUGGAUAUGACGUAAGGGAUUACUGUGGAAACUUUUCAAAAGCUGCAAGACUUGUUUACAAACUUUUGACCAUUGAUACUUGUGUUAAUUUAAGCCAAAAUGCCACAAGAAAGAAAGCCAUUAUUUCUUUAAUAGGCCCAAGCGAAUCGAGCACUGUGCUAUUUAUUGCAGGAUUUCUUCGGAUUCUCAAUGUUUCGAGCAUUAGCGGAUCAGCUACUAGUGCUGAACUUAGCUCCCUUACCUAUGAUCAUUUAUUUCGAACAGUGCCUUCGGAUACUUUUCUUGCAAAAGCGAUGGUUGACUUGGUUACACACUUCAAUUGGAGUUAUGUUGCUGUCGUUGGACUUGAUGAUUCGUAUGGACGAAAUGGAGUAUGGGCAAUAGUUAGCGAAAGUACUUCAAGAAAAAGCACUUUCUGUAUUGCUUUGACGGAGUUUAUACGGCUCGAAAGUCUGACUCUGAGUAUUUCGAACGUUGUUCGAAAGCUUAAACAGAUGGGUAAUAUCAGAGUUGUGAUCUUAUGGCUAUACAAAAAUUACCAAAGGAAGUUUUUGGCAGAGGUUCAGAGGCAAAACCUAACUGGACGUGUUUGGAUUUUAAGCGAGGUUCACUUAACUUCUACACUGCCAGUAGAAGGUAUUCUCGACAGCUCUUUGGGAUUUCUAUGCCAUGAAUUCAGCGACUCUGGUUUCAAGAAAUAUUUAAAAGAUAUAUUGGUCAGGGAGAGAGACAGUAAAAGUUUUCCUGAAUGGAAUUACAGUACAAGCGAAAUAUGGAAGCCUUUGAAGAGCAAGAAGUGUGUUCAUCGCCAAAUUGAGCAAUGCACUAAAGACUUGAUUGAAGAAAUCUACAGCUCCUAUGUUCCAAACAUCAUCGACGCAGUAUAUACCGUGGCACAUGCACUACAUAUUUUCAAUAAAAAUUUUAGCUAUAACGAGACCAAAGAUCGGGCGAAAUUGCAGGUA